UCUCCUAUAUCCGAUAGCACGUGAAGGCAGCAGGGCAGUGAGCAGGUAGAGACUGUCAAUGAGAUCCCAGGGGAGCGAAAGACAGUCCGGGAGGUAGACUUUUGGGACGGUGUCACAACUGUUCACAGCGUCUCUCAACUUGAUCAACUUUACAUGGAGCCCACGAGAAGUUUGGAGCACCUUUACCCCGUACUUUUUGUAGAGUUGCUACUCUUUGAGCGCUGAUAACUUUGAUAAAGGAUUCAUUUCCCCUCGGUGUCUUCAGAAGGAUCGUGUCUGAUUUCUCACAGUGCAACGGAGGCACUGAACUGUGUGUGAGAGUGUGUGUGUGCAUGUGUGUGUGCUUUUUUAGAGUGGAGUUAAAUGAAGACCAAGUGUAGAAGACAAGCUGUUACAGAAGAUGGACCCAGUUUAAACACAGAGUAUUAAGUGAAGAAUGACAGCGGUUCUUUCGCUUAGUUAAUAAUUAGAUCAAACGGAAUUGAACAACUUCUUCAAGGUAAUUUUUCGCAACUCCUUGGCUGUACAACUAUUACCCAACUCCUUGGCACCGCAUUAUCUGCCAGCAUGCCUUAUAACUUUCCGGCGGCAACCUGUAACCCAGCCUUUGAAGUUCCACUCGUCCCUUUUCUGCGUUUUUUUGUGGAUUUAUCCCGAAAAUGUGGCGCCCACGGGAUGUAAUUUCUUUUGAAGGCGUUUAUCAACUCGUGCUUGGUCGCACAAUGUGAUUUGUAAUGUACAGUGACUGGUGUACACUGUAAUAUUGUGUUCGGAUAUACGGAUAAAGAUUGAAAUAAUAUUUCCAGGACCUGCCUAUUCUGUGAGAGGAUACAAAACAUCAACUCUAAACACGCUUCACAUGAGAGGACAUGUUAUAUGUCACUGUAUGAGGACCAGGCUGCUGGAAAUCAAUGCACACUUCAGCCUCUGACACAACACAACGUGUCUUCACGGUGCAUUUGAGCGGACAAUGUUUCGCCACCCACAUUAAUGACACUGGAUAAAAGUUCAUUCAGAUACACUUAAGUGUAACUAAGCGCUUUGCUCCAUGUGGGCGCAGGGUGUAUGUUUUCUAUAACGUGUCCCAGUCUGAGUAUUAACUGCUGCUGAAUGGAAGUUUUGGGACACUCACGCAUGAGUUAUGAUGGCAGAACUCCAGCUUUAAAACUUUGGAUUGUAUCAGUUUUGCAGUAGUCGUCGUCGAGGCAGAAGGAAGAAGUGGGACCGCAUAUAUUCAAUAUUUCUCCGUUUUGUCUCUCCGCGGUGCUUGCUUGCUUUGAAGUCCACCAUGUGCGGCCGGGCACCGCCGCUACAGCCGAGGCCAUGACCGUCCCCCAGCGGCGCCUGGCCGGGCUCUGGCCGUGGCUGCUCAUGGCGGCCCUGCAGGUGGUGCUGGGCCAGCCGGGCCUGGAGUCCGAGCGGCCGGCCCUGCGAGCGGUCAUCAAGGUGGUACUGCUGAAUCAAGACUCGGCUGGGAAGCCCAUCACUCUUGAAGGGGUGUUCGUGGGAGGAAGCGCCGGCUAUGCGGAUGGAAAACUAAUGCAGUAUCACCCUCUGUCUCUUUGCAACACGAGCGAGGAUGAAAGACAAGAGAGUGACUUCAUCACCAUUGUCAAGCUGGAGCACAGAGUUCCCCGCUGUCUACCGCUGCUUGAUAAGGCUCGCAUGGCUCUGGAUAAAGGAGCUCAGGCUGUUAUCUUUGAUGUCAGUGAUGACGCCAAUGCUGCUGCUGAGCUGCGGGAGACAGACUCUCUUCCCCGCCCGGUGGUGCUGGUGGAGGCGGAGGAUGCUGAGGAGCUGAUGGGCUUGGUCAACAAGAACGAGGAGGCCAAAGUCCGCAUUGAGAUCCUGGUGGAGCAGCCAAGAUGGCCACAUUAUGAUGUUGGUAUUCUGCUCACCAUCGUCCUGGCUAUUCUGACCAUUGUGCUCAUCUUCGCUUUCCGCUACAAGUGCAAGUCCAACAGAACGUGGGACUCAGUCCAUCAGCAGACCAUGCGCGCCAUUAAUCGAUUAGAAACAACAAUCUACAACUCUCAGGGCUGCUCCAGCUCUCAGCGCCACAGAGCAGCCUGGGGGUCGGCCAGCAGCUCCAACUCGAGUCCUGUGUGUGCUAUCUGUCUGGAGGAGUUUCAGGACGGCCAACAUUUGAGGAUCAUCUCGUGUGCUCAUGAGUUUCACAAAGACUGUGUAGACCCCUGGCUGCUCCAACACCGCACCUGUCCCCUCUGCAUGCACAACAUCAUGGGGACAGAACGGCAGCAGCAGAGGAACAGACUCCAGCAGAGUCCAGAGCACAGCCAGGGUUUUCUUCACCCUCAGCCUUACAGCAGCCCUCGCAACCACCCCUUCCCCCAACACGCCAUCCCUUUUUCUAUGAGGCCCCAUUACCCUCGUGGACCCUCUGGACCCUAUCCCUCUCUGGCCCACUACAGCGGCUCCUCUCCCAGAGAAACACAGACAGUACGUUUCCUCACCAGCAGGCCACUCGGCUCCUCCUGCGGGUACCACCUCCCUGCAGAGGGUCCCGGGAGGCCCCACAGGAUCGGUGCUAACUGCAGGACUUCCUCCCACCACUACACCCCCCGCCGGUCCUGCCACAACUAUCGCUCAUCCUGUCCGGCUCAGCGUAGUGCGUCUAGCUCCAGACUGCAGCACUCAGCAUCCGUCACACCUCAGCCACGUGGAGCUCCGCCCCACAGCCGGCAGGAUGAGGGCAGCUGCUCAGGGGGCAGCUACCACACAGAACGCAGUGGGUACUUAGCUGAUGGACCAGCAAGUGACUCUAGCUCAGGACCCUGCCAUGGAUCGUCCAGUGACUCCGUUCUAAACUGUACUGACGUGUCCCUGCAGGGGGUGUACGGCAGCUGGUCCACCUUUCGUAGCUCUCUUAGCAGUGACUACGAUCCUUUUGUGUAUUACGGGCCUGGGCCUGGCCGAGCUCCUCGUAGGAACAGCUUGGAGGCCUGUACACAGGCCCGGCCCAGGUCUCUGGACUCUGUGGUGAACAAAGCAGGCUGCCCCGAGGAGCAGCAGCAGACUGUUUUCAGCCACAUCCACUACCACCGGCACAGACACCACCACUACGAGGAGGGGGAGCACAGCCAAGGCCAGAGCAGGGGCUCAGACGAGGAGCAGGGGGCUGCUGCUCCUGCUGCUUCUUCUCCUCUGGUCCCAGAUAAAGACUCACCUGUGGGCCCCCCCAAGCACAGCCCCUGCCAGUGUCCAAAGCCAGAUCCCACAGACCGGCCCAGUCCUGGAACAGACUGUCAGGACCAUGACCCCAGCACCCCCUCAGGACCUCCUGUCCUUGUGUCCCCCCUCCCCUUACAGCUUCAGCCCCACUGCUGCCACCAGGGACACCCGCACCCUCCUGCUCCGUUGGGGCGAGUUGGGGGCUGUGUGCUUGACGGUCCCUCUGUUCGCUUCCACCAGAGUCUGGAUCUGCAGGAUGAUCGUAGCAUCCACAUCCACUACGGUCAGGGUCCUGGUUUCUGCUGCUCCCCUCCUGAGCUGCACCCCACCCUGCUCCCCGUACCCCUCAUCCUGGACUCUGGGGGUAUAGAGGACUGGCCCUGUUGUGCCGGGGCACAUGUUGUGUGGCAGAAGCGGGUGCAGCAGGCCCGCUCUGAGCCUCAGCUCCUGGGGCCGGGGACCUCGGUGGACAGGCCAGCCUGCAGGUUUCACCACAGUUCUGCAGCUGAACGCAACACGGACAUUUGUUUGUACUGCCAAACAUUACACCACAAUCAGGGAUCAGAAGAGGAGUCUGGUGUGUGAGGACUUAAUGCAUCCCCAUUGUCACGCUGCUACAGGAGCCAGAAUGGACAAGCCUCUCAUUGCCUAAUCGCUCUCCCAGCAUCCCCCACUCUCACAUGCUAAAAGGCUCUUUUAACUUUGUUUGAUCAAGUUAACCGACAAAAAAAAUAAAAAUAUUAUAAUUAAAUCAGGGUAAAAUCUCAAAAUAAAGCUGGGCCCUUCAUAUUAUUGUUAAACUUAAUAUUCUGAAGUCUUUGGAGUUGCUGGGGAAAAGACUCACACACCACAAAGAAGAAAAAGUAUUUUAUUUUUAAUAAAAAGAAGAAUAUUCAAACCAUGUGACAUCACAAGCUCCCACGCUCCAACGAAUGAUCCUUGCUUUGGGUUUUUUUUUAGCCCAACUGAAGUGAGAUUCCAUCCCUGCAUUUCUCACCCUAUCACACAAUAACUUGAUUUAUCUUAGAGGUACUCAGCUUCAUUAGCGUGAUCUUGGUCUUCCGUCGAGAAGCUCUUCUCUCCAGCCUACCUCAGCUCAGAUUUCUUAACGUGCCUCUCACAGAGGGGCUUUAAAGGUACUGCUGUAGUGAUUUAUUUUUUUAUUUUAUUUUAUCACAACAAUGUAGCUCCCGUAAACUCAUCGCAAGUUUAAAAAUGGAGAGAAAGUGUAAAGCUCAGCCCCUCGAGCAUUCACCGAGGCCGCUGAGCCUGGCAUGGGCCUUGUUUUCAUUAUUUCAAGAAUGGCAGCUGUUUUCAACAUGUUUGUUUGUGUUCAGGAUCAUUUCCUGCUUCUUUAUUUUUUUCAUUUUUAUUUUUUCAUUUUUCAAAAUGAACCAGUUUGACUGAAUUAUGUGGUCAUCAUUACAAGCUAUUGUCUCGUUCUCUUCAUGCUCGACCCCUCGGAUCAGUGUAGAUUAAACUGGCCUCAUCCUGUGCUCCUUUAUCCAUCACAAUGUUGUAUCUUAGCACCCCUCCCUCUUGUGCUCCAGCAACUAAAGCUCUUGAAAAAUGCUCUACAUUGCAGAAAUUGAAAAGAAAUAAGCGCCUGUAUAAUUCUAUAACUGGAUUAAAGCCAUGUUAGGUUAGGUAGCCUAAGUUUAAAGUAAGCUUGGUGAGCAUUCAAGAUGAUUUCAAACUGUAAUGUGGAGAGCCUGAGACGUAUCUCAGGAACAAUCAAACACUGGAAAAAAUGGGAAGAGUUCAAAUUAAUUACAGUCAGGAUGCUUAAAGGAACAGUGAGGAGUUUUCAUGUCCCGUUGAUUUUGAUGACCCCUUUGGAUGAAAUCAGUAGUGUUAAUUUCCCAUGAGCACCACCACCCACUAUCUUAAAUAUGUGCCAAAGUGUGUAUUUGUUGUGAGAGUAAAUUAAAGGAAUACAGAUUUUUCCUUUGUACAAGACAACUUUUUGCAGGAUGAGCUCUGAGGUCAUGUUUGAUUUGGAGCUACAUUCAAUUAUUAACUGUAACGUAACAACGACAAAACUUUGUCCUCUCUGAUUUAGUACUGUUAGUGAGCUUACAAAGGUGACCAAUUUGACCUUCUUUGUCACAUCGGCAGUGUCACAAUGUGUGCUGUGGUAUCCCAAUGACUAUCAGAUCAAAGUAAAUAUGCACACAGUUUAACCCUUGUGUUCUCAAAGAGCAGUGAAGCAUUCAUUCAGUUCUUAAUGCAGAAACUUUUGGGUGAGUGCUGACAAAUCUACUCGGUUUUCUUUGCGUAAAGUCCAACCCAAACACAGGCACCAAAAUUAAGUUUAAAGAAGUUGACAUCUGAUAAUCUGAUUGUACUCUGUAGGUCAUAAAAAAGCAGGGUAAAUCUAGUGUCAGACUGAGACUAUUUUAAAUCAAACAAAACCUCCUCACUGUGCCUUUAAAGUGUGGAUGUCUCUGCUUUUUGAUCCAACAGCACUUGAAAAAUAUCCAUCUUUAAUCACAAAUUACUUAGUCUUUUUUCAUUUAGAUUUAUUGUUUAAAAAAGUAAACCAUCUCUCAAAAGUAAAAGGACCGAACUAAAUAUCUUCUUUUUCCUUAUAUUGUGAUCUGCCAUUCAGGCAGACUGACUAAAAGAAAUUAAGACAUUUUUUUUAUGUUUUUGCACAAUUCCUCUGAACUCUUAAACUAAGCAGAUUAAAGUUCACUGACUAAAUAAUCUCAGAUCAGAGACUUAUUUGUAGCAUGGAUUUUCCUUAAAAGUUCAAAUGUGAAAGCAGCCAGCCUUCAAAAAAAGUUUACCAUAGUGCCACCAGCAGACAUCAAGCUAAUGGUAGAUUCAAUGUAACCUGUAGCACUUCCUAAUAAGGGCCUCAUACGUGCCUUAUUCAUUCAGACCUUAAAUAAUCCUGAAUGAGGAACCUCCCAACUCUUUAAGCUCUUACCUGUUGAACCAAAGACGCAAACUCUUGAACUAAGUGAACUUAAAGCAUUGUGCCUUUUGCCCUGUGCAACCCUUUUUACUUCAAUCUUAGAAUCAAAUAUGCUCUCAAUGAUGUGCCAGUGGAAAUCAGGACUUACAGUUAUGGACAAUCAUGCAGAAGUAUUCACCUGCAGCCUCUUGUAUUAAUACCUCACUAUGAAUGUGUCAACAUAGCGUCCCUCCACUUAAUUUUCAGGGUUCCCUCUUUUACUCUUCUCUGUGCCUGAACUGUUUCAGAGACUGAGAUGGAAAUGACUGAAAAAUAAGCAGCACUUUGGCUUUAGCUGAUUUUUUAAAAAUAGAUAAACAAACAUAAAACUUAUAGUAUUAAUCAAAAACAAGCCCAAACCAUCAGCACAUGCAGAAUAGCAUCCAGUGAUGCCACAGAAUAUCUGAUGUGAUUUAAUCCUGUUCAAGAUCUUUCUCUUUGUGUUGUUUUUGUGUUUUGUAAUGUUUUGUAAGAAUAAUGAGCUGAAACUGCCUUUUUCUAUGAGUAAAAAAAAUUCCCUCCUGAACUGUAAGGGAUGAGUCAGUAUAUUUUGGAUACUUUGUGUACAAAAAGAGAACAACAAGAGAAACAGAAAUGAAAUAGUGUUGUAUUUUAUAUAUAAUAGAACAUUUCAAUAUAGUGACAUGUCACUAAUAUAUUUAUUUACUAAUAUAUUUAUCCAUUUUGUCCAGGUUUGAAAGAGUGCUGUCUGUAUAGACUGAAUGUUUCUAUAUGGAAACUGAGCAGUGCCAUCACAGAUGUAUCAACCUGUCUUCAUUCCAAUUAUAUGCAAAUAAAUUAUUUUGAAAUAAAAACUCA